AUGAGCGAGUGGAUGAAAAAGAGCCCUUUCGAGCGGCAGGCAUUCAUGAACAAAGAAGUCAAAGUCACAGCCAGUGAGAAGAAUGAGUUUCAAGGAUGGGUUUUAACCACAGACCCUGUUUCUGCCAACAUCGUCCUUGUCAACUUCCUCGAUAACGGCCGGGCGUCCGUGACUGGAGUCACGGGUCAUGCGGUGCGGGAGGUGGAAGUCUUGCGGGAAGGGGAUGAGGCCACGCGUGAGCAACUGCUGGCGCUCUUCACUCCCAAGGAGAGUCGAGCCUACAGCCCCGGAGACCUGGAGAAGCACAAAAACCACCUGAAGACGUGGCUGGAGAAGAACCACAUUCCCGUCUCCGAAGAAGGGGACUCACAGAGGAGCCUGCGCGUGGCCAGGCUGCUGACCAUGGACACUCCCUACGGCCCGGAGGACUGCAACAGCUCCAAUGAGAUCAUCCCGUCCAGGGUGCAGGGCCUCAUCGCAGGUCACCUGACGGCCUUCCAGGGAGACGCCGGGUCCUAG